CUCUGCACUUUUAGUGAAAGGAAUUAUUUCGACCUGGACUUUUCGAUUAGUAGAAAAAUAUUAAAGUAUGUUUUUUUUUCUUAACAGCAUUUGAAGGCCAUCGAUGACUUCAAAGUUAUGCCGCGAAACCCGUGAAGGUCGUGUAAAGUCAGCGAAUGCAAAAAUACUAGUUUGUAAUUGCUCCAUGUCUUUAUUGUCUACCUGCCUCCUGCUCCCCUUCUUACCCACUCUAUUACGACCUGCUCUCAUGACUUUAAUGGAGAUGCAGCAAAUUAAGUUUUGCCCACAACACAAGGCUCGCCUAAAACCUGUUUCUACAUUGUUAUGGGGAAUCUUGUAUUGAGAAGCGGCCAAAUAGAAGAGUAAUCAGAUUACCUGUUUUUCGCUGGUGGUUGUUAUGAAGGGCACUGCCUGCCAGCCAGAUCUGGCAAGAGUGUUAAUCAAUGAAGGUUGGUUUUGCUGAACGGCCUUCUCUGGUGGUAGUUGAAGAAAGGCAUCGUUUUGGGUUUUGGCGGAUUGAAGAACAAUUUACCGCUAAAUGCCGACCAAAGAAGUUUAAGGCUUCAGAAUCCUAUGCGAAUAAGAAAACAGAGGAACGUCAACUUCAUUCACUGUAUUGAAGCUCUGGGGAGUUCGUUAUAUGCUCUGGAACGCCUUAAAUAAUGAAAUUAAUGGCUGAAUCUGAGAGUGAAGAAAGCCUUCCGGCAGACUAUUAUUUACAACAGUCUCAACAUCUUAUCUUGGUUGUUAUAGCAGAAAUUGCUUUGGUUAAAACCUUUACAGGAAAGUGGAACAUCAUCAAGAGCAAAUUACAGCUUCUUACUGAACAGUUUACAGAUCUUUCGGAUUUUCCAGGUUUCUUAAAAAACACAUUGUGCACAGAGCUUCUCAAGUCCAUUUUAAAUGCAUUGAAUGAGACACAGGAUCUUGUCAAGAAGUGUGCUGAUGCAGAAUUUCAAAUCGGAAAGCUCCAAAUGCAAAGUAGUUUGGAUAGUUUAGCCAUGAAAUUGAACCAGCAUCUUCAAGACUCUGAGUUGCUGAUGAAGAGUGGAGUUCUGUCAGAAACUGCAACUCCUGUGCUUUCGAGGUCCAGAACAAUUUUGCAGCGAGAAGCAAUACGCAGCACUAGCAGAGAGCUUGUUGCUCGACUGCAAAUUGGAAAUGUAGAAUCGAGGCAAAAGGCAUUGGAUGCUUUAUUAGCUUUGAUGCAAGAAGAUGAUAAAAAUUGCUUUAUUGUUGCAGGCCAAGGUAGUGUACCCAUUUUAGUUAAUUUGUUGGACUCAUGUUUCAUUGAUGUGAGAGAAAAGGCUGCAGCUUGUGUAUGCAGGCUUGCACAAGUUAAUAGUUGUGAGCAAUUGCUGGUCACGGAAGGGGUUCUGGCUCCAUUGGUAAGGACUCUAGAGUCAGGAAGCUCUCUUGCAAAAGAGAAAGCAUCAGCAGCCCUUCAAGCAUUAAGUUUACCUGCUGAAAAUGCGCGGUCGGUAGGUACACACUGUGGUGUGUUGGCUCUGGUUGAUAUCUGUCGAUCUGGAACUCCUGCAGCCCAAGCAGCUGCUGCAGGGACUCUUCGGAAUCUUGCUAGUGUUCCUGAAAUUAGGCAACAUUUUGUGGAUGAGAAUGCCAUUCCAGUUUUAAUAAGGCUAACUACUUCAGGAACAGCACUUGCCCAAGAAAAUGCAGUUGAUUGUCUGCAAAAUUUGGCAUCUGGUGAUGAUAAUCUGAGGACAUUAAUAGCUAACGAAGGUGGAAUUCAGCCUUUGAUAUUCUUUUGGGAUGGAGCUUCAACACCUAGAGCCCAAGAAAUUGCAAUUGGGGCACUGAAAAACAUCUCCGUUUCUAGGGCAAAUUCAGAUCUUCUUAUUGCUUCUGGUUUCAUUCCAAGACUUUUAAAUGCUCUCCACAGCAAAAUUCCACGCAUAAAACAAAUUGCAUCUCUUGCUAUAUAUGAGCUUGCUUUUUCAAUGGAAAGUAAAAAGGCAGUUGGAGAAGCUGGAUGUGUUCCAGUUCUAGUUAAAAUGUUGGAAGCUAAGACUAGUGCUGAACAGGAAGCAGCAGCACAGGCCUUAUCAGUUCUUCUUAUCUUUGAUGGUAAUAGGAAAAUAUUCAGGAAGGAAGAAAAGGGCAUCUCAGGAGCAGUGCAACUCCUAGAUCCUUCAAAUCUGAAUACAAAUAAAAAAUACCCAAUUUCCAUUCUGCUUACUCUUUCUAACAGUGCUAAGUGCAGAAGGCAGAUGAUAGCGGCCGGAGCCUGUAGCUACUUGGAAAAACUUGCAGAAAUGGAUGUUAUUGGUGCAAAGAAACUACUCGAAUGUCUGCAAAGAGGCCAUCUUUGGAACAUAUUUGGGAGGAAAGACAAGUACAAGAGCUUUUAAAUGAAAUGGCUUGUUCUUUUACUUCUCUUUGUUUAUGAGAAAGAAAGCAUGCUCGUUUCCAUCAUUUUUCAAGCAAUAAGAGCUAAAUUGGAGCCAGUGCGGAACUUCCUCCUCCAAGGCAUGCCCUCCUUGCCAGUGCAAAGAAAUAAGAGUUAUAUUGAAGUUAGCCUUGAGUGGAUCCUCAUCCAUUUGCAUUGUUUCAAAUGUUUCCAUAUCGUUUGAGAAUGGUUGAAGAAGUUGUGCUAAGGAGCAACUUUAAUUCUCUCCUUGCAGUAAUGGUUGUACAUAUUACAACAGAAUAGCAAAAUUGUGAGUCAUGUUCAUUUACUGCGAUUUGGUAUUGGCCUUGAUUGUAUUUUGAAUUCACUUUUCUGGAUCCCAUUCUUCAACUUCAAUAAUAACCAUGCUAGGGACUGCAUAGAGAUUAACCAAAACUUGAGUUCAAGUCAUUGUAUAUAAAAGUGUAAUUAUUUGAGUUCCAUUAAUAAAAAUAUUAUUUGAGAUU